AUGGCAAAUCGACUCAUCAAUCCCAUCACCGGCACCCCUGUGAUUAGCUACAACGAAGCGGCCUUGUUUUUCAUGGCUACGCGUAUCCAUUAUAGUAUGAAAGCAGAUAACAAGCUGUAUGCAGAGAUAAAGCAGGCUUGUGAAAAGGCUAGACAAGCGAUCACCGCUGCGGGACCUGCAGGACCACCACCCUUGGAUGAGCUGGUGGAUGAGUGGAUGUUUAAGCUGGACGUAGAGAAAGCAGUGAUGGAGCAAGAGAAGGCGAAACAGGAGGCAGCAGAGGCGUAA